GCUGAACCAACAGGUGACCAGUCAACUCUAACUUGUAAUAUCGCCAAUAGACUUUAUUUAUCUGUGCUUGCGAUUACACCGGAUUGCUAUCUUUCAAUGAAGGCAUGGCAGGCAUUAUCUUCCGGGUGGACUGCAUUUGCAAUACCCAGUAACAUCCAGAAAAGACUAUACAAGUUCCUUUUGCGUAAGUCUAUAGGGCGUUUUCUAGCACAAGAGCUCGAUUUUGAGAACUUUGAUGUCGAACUUGUCAAUGGCUGCAUUGAAUUGAGGGAUUUGGAUCUCAAUUUAGAGGUACUUGAUGAGAUUCUGGCAGAUACACCCUUUACGAUAACAGAAGGCCAUAUUGGAGGAAUCACUGCAUCAUUACCGUGGUCUAAUUUCUGGAGCGGUGAUAUCGUUCUGGAAAUGCGGGGUUUGCGCCUAACAUUCAAACCAGAGGCUAAAAGACCUAGAAAAGACAAGCAACACACAGAUGAAGAACCCAUGCUAUCCACCUCGAUGCACCUUGCUGGCGACUUUUUGAAAACUGAAGUCCCGCCAAAUGAAGAUGAGGAACUCAGACAAUCAAUUCACCUUUCUUCAGCGGAGUCACCGAACAUGGAUUUCGUGAAUCAACAAGACGCAAAUUUAGAAGGACUACAAGUCAUCACAAAAGUUAUUGACAAAAUGCUUGCUAAGAUCAAAAUCAAAGUGAUUGAUUCGGUUUUGAGACUUCAUCAUACUUCAAAUAUAGCACUCAAUGCGCAAAACAAUUCAAAUAUCAAUUCAAAUACAAUCGCAAAUGAAAUCCACGACUAUUUUCUCGACAUUCAGAUACCCAGCAUUUCAUAUUUUGAUGAAACACCAGGAUUAUCCGACGGUAACAGCAGGGAGCCAUCACCUCCAGACGUAAGCAUGCAAGCAUCCAGCAUAUUGCUGCCACCCGCCGUGAAUGAAUCCAUAAAAAUUCUGGUUGUGACAUCUCCCACUAUUUGGAUUCGGUCGAGUUUAGAGGCUUCUAUGCAAUCGUUUGCUACAGCAAGCAACCCUGACCUCGGAACAUUGAUGAAGGAAUCCUCCUUGGUAUCAGAUCAGAGCGACUCAGAGAUGAAUGACUCUAGCAUGUUUCAUAGUGCAUUGGGUGAUAGUCAUCUCAGUGGAUCCAUUACACCGCAACAGUCAUCACGAUUAUCGCCAAAUAUACCAGUUGAUUUGAAUUAUGAAGCGCUGAUAUUUUCAACAGUUGACAAGGAGAACUGGCUGAGAUUCAAGUUUGCGUCUGGUCCACCGGCUGAGUGGUCAUCGGCAAUACAGGAUCAAAGUAGGCUGAGCAUGAAACAACUGGAUGUGCUUGUGAGCUCUAUCUGCAUAGCUUUAUCUCCAAAACAGGUAGUCUGGAUGACCGAAGUUCUGGAAAUGCUAACUUCGACAAAUAACAGUCCUGAAAGUGAAGCAGCUCAAGAACAUGAUACUAUGGCGAGAUCACCUUCGGAUGAAGAUACUGAGAACUUGGAGGAAUUGAUGAAUUCGAGUAUGCAUGAUUUUGAUACCCCAGAAUCUCCUCCCAUAUACCAAGGACAAUCACCACUGCAUCAUGGUCAGGAAAAACGAUUCGAGACCAAUAUACGUACCCAUUCGCGAUUUGAUAAUAUACCACUUGAUGCAAGACGGAGACAAGAAAGACAUGCAGGUUCAAUCUCCAGUUCACCACGUAAUACCAAUCCAAUGACAGAGUUUAAUUACGGAAAUACAAGUAAUAUCAUGAGCUUUUCAAAUUUGCAUCAUCAAAAGCAAGCAGCACCAGUCAAAAUCAAGUUUUCGCUUAACUCUGCCAACUUGUACUUGUUAAUGAAUGAGACGUCCGUACCACCCGGAUUUUUCUCAGCCCCAAGUCCUGAAUCGCUCGAUACCGAUCACCUCAAGAUCUCAUUAAACCACUUCAUAUUGCGUUUCAAGGAUUGGUCUUCAUUAAGCGCCGUGAACUUAUCUGGAAAUAGGUCACGAACAAGUAGAACGCCGGGAAGUCCAAUGCCUGAAGAUAAAAUUGAGGAAGUGAUGCCUCCCAAGAACGCGCUAGACAUUCGUAUUUCCGACAUUUCUAUACACGAGUGGCUGGCUAGCCGCAGCAAUAAUCAGCAACAAUUACCCGGAAUGUCAAGGUUACGAUAUGACAUGUACAACCCAGUCUUGCGAUUUAAUGAGAACAUCCCAAAGACCUAUAGAAGUGAUCAAGGCUUUUCAACGAUCAGCCUAGCAGAGCUUCCACAAACUGACGUGAAAAAAGACACACUACGAUUCAAAAUUGAGUCAUGGGAAGGAAGAACUGAUUCUCCUGCUCGACAAGAGAUCGCAAUGGAGACAAAGCCAUUGCAAUUGAAUGUGGAUAUACGUAUGGUUGAUAGAUUGGAACAGUUUGCUUUUGCAUUUAUCAAUCGACCAAAGAAAUUUGAUGAAGAUAUACCUUCCGUAACGCAGGGUCGCGCUUCACAAAGGAGAAUACCUCGGCAAACCAGUGAGGAUGACAUAUACGCAGAUCUCAAACAGUUACCUAAUAGCAAAAGUGUGAUCAGAAAUCACAGCAUCAAACUGCCGUUUAUAAGAAUUAUACUGCUAACUCCUGAUAUGACGAACGCAAAAUCCAGAGGAGAAACGACUCAACUGAUACAUGAGGACUUCUUAAUAAUUGAUAUACGAAAGCUUUGUUCUCGAAAUACAGGAUUGGAAAACAAUACGAAUUACGAGCAGUCAGCUUUUCCUCCACAAACUGAGCCACUGGAAGACAUUGAUUAUUUGCAUAUUGGAUCGCCAGGCGCAUUUGAUACCCCUCAGCUUGCAGAAAAAUUGCGUAUUCAGUUUGAAAUCGAAAGUGCCAAUAUAUUUUUGAAGAAAGCGAAUGAUAUGGAACCGACCUGUUGGUUUAUGGUUAAACCUCCGUUAGAGCUACCAACCACUACUGCGAUAGGCAAAGCGCCUUCUAAACGAUUGACGACAGUCAACAUCGCUAUUUCUUCACCACAACCUGAAAAAGCGAAGAACGACAAUCGAUUUCAUGCUUUCGAUCCUUCAGCAGAUCAAAACAUACCAUAUUCGAUCUUCGAAAAUCUGAAACGUGAUCAAAACGUUGAAGAUGAGGAGGAGAAAAUACAUAUACCAAGGGAAGAGCAAUCAGAGUUGUCUGCUCGAUUUAAAAAGUUUUCAAUUGAAUCAUCGAUUAUUUCCGUCCAAUGCAAUCUGCCCCUCACUAGAAUGAAUCUUGCAAAGGACACCUGGGAUCGUGUUCAAAUUAUACAGAACGACUUGAUUCUCUGGCAGCCACGAUUCUUAGCUGCGACAAAAAAUGAUCAGCAAGAUGCAAAUGUCACUGAGCGUCAAAAUCUGCCCAGGAGUUCAGGAAAUACGACAACGGAGUAUCAAGACGAUUUCCAAAAUCGCACGUCCUCGUUCGAUCAACCUGAAAACGGCACCCAAUCAUUUCCUGGACCUCCUCCCAACAAUAGCAAUCCCACCUUGUUAUCGAUCAUGGCAUGUCUUCAAAGAGCUGAAUGGACUCUUCAUUAUCAAAAAGAAGAUGCCGAUGGAGCAAAAAAGAUUUCCACGUACGACGCAAUUAUGUCCAACUUCCAAUAUUUUGCGGCAAUAAGGAAUUUGGGUCAGGAUGAAAAUAUCACAACGCUGGAUAUUGAUGAGAUACUAUUGUUUGAAGUGAAGUCUGAGAAUGAAGUAGAAUUGUUGCUUGAAAGAACUAUCCCUAAAUCCCUUCAGUACACAGCACCCAUGAUAGCACUUAUGACAAAACUACAGAGUAAUGUUGCUGAAAAUGUGCAAGAUAAGACCACCAAUGUUGUCAUUUCCAAUCUCAAGUUCAACUAUAACUCUGAUGUUUCAUUCAUCGACAACUUGGUCAAGUUCCAGAAUGGUCCAUCCACGAUGAACAUCAUAGACCCUCCUGAUACGUUCAUCAAAGUUUAUGUCACAGUCAGUGAUACAUCCAUUGUAUACAGGCCAUCAGAUAACCCUUUGGUUGCUGCAGUUGUUCUAGAUGAACUGAAGGUGGUGACUGAAGUGUUUCCAAAUCAAGAACGCCUCUCGGUCAAUUGCCAAACCCGUGCGCUUGACCUAUAUAUCUGUGACGAUCGUGGGGAGCUAAGCGAAAUGGAUGCCGUCACUCGACUAAAGGGGCACAGCGUUAGCGCUUCCCGUUGGUGGCGAAACGUCGGCAUGGCGCGGUGCCUAGCUAUGCGAGAUAUGAAAGUUAAUGUUUCAGUUGCUAUGAGGGAAGAAGAACAGCUAUCCUUAGACCUUGCUCUGACAAACCAUGUUUUGGGCAUCGAAGUCUGCAAAGACUCUCUUCCUACUAUUAUGAACUUAAUAUCCGUUGUAACGGCUUCGUCUAAGCAAGAUCAGCCAUCCGAAGAUCAGCCAUUUGAAGAUCAGCCAUCCGAGGAAUCUGACGAAGACAUCGCUCCAAACGAAACUACUCUGAACGUGAAUACUCCCAAUAUGCUUGCGAGUUUGGAUGAACAAGCAUUUGUUCUUCAAGAUACGCCAGUUAGUGAAAGCACAAAUACAGUGUCGAAUGAUAUGGAGUAUGUGGAAGAAUACUACACUGCUGUCAAGUCACCGACUGAUAACCGUCGUGGUGCCUCGCCAAGCAAGGACUUUGAAGAGAUGUUUAUCGUCCCUCCAAGAAAACCGAGACGCCAAAACGCUACUCCAAUUCAUGAAGACAUUAUUCACAUUAUGGAUGAAAACGAUGCGCCUACUACCUUUGUACUCGAUGAGAAACAUUUCUCGAACAACCAGCCAAAUGCACCCAAGAAGCCUAGAGUGGAUAUUUCAAACAGUAUAAAACGAAUCAGGCUGAAGGAUUUUACAGUUGUGUGUAAGCUUUACGAUGGUUACGAUUGGCGGCAUACUCGACAGUAUUUCGCGCAACAUCCAUCAGGGCCGUCCAAAUCUUACUCCAGUGGCCCAAGUGUUCCUCAAGCUCAACCGCACUCGCCAACUUUUGAGGAGCCCGAAAGACAUGGAUCUCCUGUUCAAUCACCUAGCCAUUUCAAAGAUGACUUUUCACCUCUGUACGAUCCCAGCAGGCUAUCACAUCAAAGAGCAAGCUCUGAAGCUGGCUAUAUAGGGGAAGACUUUAGUGACACCACAAGUCAAUACACCCAGUUCCGCUAUAACUCCAAUGUAAGAGAUGGUAAACGGCCAGCUAUGCAUCAUCAAAGGUCUGCUAGCUCGCCUGACAGCCUUCAUCCCAGAGGCAGUUCAAGACGAGGCUCACGGCGGACCAAAAAUACUCGAUCCCAAUCGGCAAGGAUCGAAAUCAGACUUGAACAAAUCAAUGUAGAAUUCGAUUUGCUUCCAAGUACUGGACAGCUUGCAUCACACUUGUAUAUAAGUGUGCGUGAUUUUGAGAUACUGGACCAUAUCAAAACCUCCAUGUACCGCAAAUUCCUCUCUUAUAUGCGAUCAGAUAUGCAUCCACGGGAAAGAGGAUCCAAUAUGAUUCGAUUUGAGCUAACAAGUGUUAGACCAGUACCAUCGGAGAGUGCAGAAGAACACCGGCUGAAAUUUCGUAUAUUACCUAUGCGGCUUUACGUUGAUCAAGACGCUGUCAUCUUCUUGAUCAACUUUUUCUCAUUUGAUGCCAAAUUUCUCAAAUCUACUCCGAUGGUUCAGCCGGAAGUACGCAGUUCCUCGAAGCGAAAGCAAAGAACGCAGAAUACUACUUUCUUCCAACACGUUGAAAUAUACCCUGUGAUUAUGAAGGUGGAUUAUCGACCAAAACACGUCAACUAUGGUAGCUUGAAGGAAGGACAAUUUGCAGAAAUAGUGAACUUCUUUCACCUGGAUGCAGCAGAAAUGAACCUCAGUCAUGUCAGGCUGACUGGUAUCAAAGGAUAUGAUAGGCUAGCGGAAGCUGUGCUGAAUCAUUGGCUACCACAUAUUCGUGAUACACAGCUGGGAAACGUGGUUACUGGCGUAUCAUCAAUUCAAUCUGUCGUGAACAUCGGUUCUGGGGUUGCAGAUCUCGUUCUCCUACCAAUAGAACAAUAUAGAAAGGAUGGACGAAUUAUUCGAGGUCUACAGCGAGGAACACAAUCGUUUGCUCGAGCAACUACCAUGGAAGCGAUCAAGAUUGGAAGUCGCCUAGCUGCUGGAACGCAAGUCAUACUUGAACAAGCAGAUGAUUUCUUCUCGCCCAUCAUGCCCAAUGACGCAGACACGCAUGAUGACGAUGAUUUCGAUACGAGGCCGGACGAGCGGCGACCCAAUGAUUCCGAUUCCGACACGCAAGAAGUUAUUAGCAAAUUCGCAGAUCAGCCAUCCGAUUUAUCGCAAGGGUUACAGCAUGCGUACCAUAGUCUGAGCAAAAAUAUUAAAUCAGCAGCACACACCGUCCUUGCUGUUCCUACGGAGAUACAAGAAAGUGAAGGUCCUCACGGAACGGCCAAGGCGGUCAUUAGGGCCGUGCCUGUGGCGGUGAUCCGACCGCUAAUAGGGUUCUCUGAAGCAUUUGCCAAUGUUCUCGUUGGUAUUCGAAAUACAAUUGACCCAGGACAAAAACUCCAGAGUGUUGAGAAAUACAAGCGAGGUUAAAUUUUGUACAUUAUAAUGGUUUUUUCUCCAGCGUCAAGUUGGUCAUUGCUUGAGAGUUCUAUGUUUAUUAUAUUCAUUAAAUAAUGUUAAGAAGGGGGAUGUUAUUAUUACACAAUUGCCCUGAUGAU